AGCCAGUGACUGGCAAAACGUGUGAAAGGAAUUGAUACAUAACCUACUAGAAUAUCCUCAGAAAUUUCCAGAAAUAAGUAAACAAAAUUAGAGUUAAGUAGAUUGGGCAAGGGCAAUUGUAUAGAAUUAGUGGCAACUUUGAUUUCAAGGAGAUAAGAUCAGUUUGAGAUGUCCGCGGAGAAUGUUUUAGUUAAUUGUUACAACCGGGGAUGUGGAAAAAAGUUCAACCCCAGGGAGAAUAAAGAGGAUGCCUGUGUUCAUCAUCCUGGAACUCCAGUGUUCCAUGACGCCUACAAGGGCUGGUCAUGCUGCAACAAAAAAUGCACAGACUUCACUGAAUUUCUCAAUAUCAAGGGCUGCACCAAGUCCUCUCACUCGAAUGAAAAGCCGCCUGAGCCUGAGAAACAGAAGGUCGACAAAUCCAAGGCCGACGAAGUCAUCGAAUACCGUCCACCUGUCAAUAACCAGCCGACGUUGAAGAGACCGUCAUUUGACACGCCCCAAGUGACAAUCACCCCGACAAUCUCGCCAACACUCUUAGAACAAAUAAAAGGACUCACUGCCAAUGAAUCCACUGCCCAGGACGACAGAAAAGUCCAGGUGGGCGAGAGCUGCAAAAAUAAGGCGUGCAAGGGAAGCUACAGGGGGCCUGAAUCCGAUUCUGAAACCUGUGUUCAUCAUCCUGGAGUUGCGAUCUUCCAUGAGGGGCUGAAGUUCUGGUCUUGUUGUCAGAAAAGGACGACGGAUUUCUCCGUGUUCCUGGCACAACCUGGAUGCACUCAAGGCACUCAUGUGUGGAUGGCUAAGAAUGAAGAUAAACGAAUUGAGUGCAGAAUGGAUUGGCACCAGACAGGUUCCCACGUGGUGGUAUCAAUUUUUGCCAAGAAAUAUAAUCCGAGUAAAUCCUCAGUCAAAUUGAAUCCAAUCCGGCUCACUGCGAGUUUAUUCUUCCCCGAGGAGAAUUCAGACUAUAAUCUUGACCUAGAGCUCAGAGGGGUUGUGGACGUUGAAAGCAGUUCCGUCAGCAUGCUGCCGACCAAAGUUGAGAUAAAAAUGAAGAAAGCAGAGCCGGGUUCGUGGCCAAAACUCGAUUUUCCCCGGGAAGUGGUACAUAGAAAAGAAGAAAAAACUAUUAAUGACAAUGAGAUCACGGAACGAGUGGACGCUGUGGAUCUCAGUGACCUUUGAGCUUCAUCAAGAGAUCAUCCUCAUCAUUCAGUGAUACAUUUCAGUUGCGAAGGAUAAUGAGGUGAUUAAUUCACCUCUGAAUCUGAGAAAGAUCGAAAAUUUUGAUGAAGUGAAAUGAGAACUGCAAAAGUUUUACAAAAAUUUUACUAUCUGUCUUAUAUUCUGAGAUAAUCCUUCUCUACUGGGCUCUAGUAAUACUGUUUUUUUUUACAAUAAACAAUUUGGGAUUAAAACAAGUAAUGCACAUAAAGGACGGAAUUCAGGAGGAUUUAAUGUAUUUUUUCCAUGAGAAAUAGAAAAUAAGAAGCAGCAAAUUGUUGAAAUAUUGAAAUGGAAAUAAAAGUCAUCUGCUGAAGAGUU